CCCCUGUUCCCUCCUCCCCUCCCCGGUAUCCCAAAUUGGCCACAUGGAUAGAUUUUCGUAUUAUCACCACGCCGUUAUCUUAAGGGUGCUGCUAUUGAUUGGCCCCAGCUUCGUCGGCCUCACACCCAUUGGAAACGGCUGGAUUGUGUCAUGCUCGACUUGCGGAGGGCGGGCAGGCCUGCGAGGCACUACGUAGUAUAUCCCGCUGGGCACCGGCCAGCCAAUCAUCCGCCACUCGCGUUCGACAUCUCCAAUCUCCUCGCCAUGCGGAGGGGCGACUAUGACGACACCCCUUGCCGUAGCCAAGAGAUUUCCCGUCGAAACGGGUUACUUCAGUCUUCGGACUCGGAACAAGGUCUAUGAGUAGGUAUGUAUCGCAAGACGAGAGCGCAACGGAAGAGGGGGAAAGAAAGAGAAAAAGACGAGAGAGGGGAAGGGCAAGAAACAAGGCGCUCUCCAUCCGGUCGUCGAUGCAAUGAUGUAUAUCUAUCUACCUAAGCUAGGACUUUUGCGUACGCAGGCAGGCCAGGUAGGUACAUAAUUAUAUCCAGCACAUGUCUAGAGGUGGCUUGUGUGUUUGUUUAUCACCUUGUAUCAUGAUCACGAUUCUGAUGAUGAGCAAGAUUUUUCUUUCCAAUUGCCGCAGCGCAAGAUUUUGUCAAACGAAUGGCAUCGCUCUCAAACCCACACAUGCGCUCGCUGGACUCGCCGCACGCUCGCCAUACAACGGCGUCGGCUUCGUAAACGGAGCCCCAAUGCCCCCUCCGUUCCCCCCUCUCUCCACCGUCCCAUCGACGCCAGGCCGGAGAAGGCGCCGCUCGAGACAGGCUCUCGUCGGGGCGCUAUCGUCAUACGCGAACUGGCCUUCCCGCGCCGGCUCAACCCUGACAGGCGACGUCAGUCCUGCGAGCGCUGAGCAAUAUUCGUCAAAACAGCGACGGCGCCCGAGGCCGGCCGGCGCCGCUUAGUUAGCUUCUAGGACUUGAAGAGGGGGGCGGGCGCUGGCCCGACUGGUUCGAAGCCGUCGUCAUACAUGCAACGUUCGGUUUCAUCCCCAUGGCAUUGCUCUGAAAAUUCUCCUCUGCGCGUGGCGGUUGUGGCCCAUUUCAUCGUCAUUCCUCUGGCUCGACUCAUUCCGUGCUUGAUCAGUAGUGCCGUAGCUGGCAGCGUCCGAGAAUGCCAAGACGUUGUCGGCUGAACACGAAGAUCACACUGCCGCCACAUCUGCUGCAGUGCCGGGCCGAACAUCAACCGCGCAUAAACGCCGUGGGUGUCAGAUACACGUCGUAGCCAAGCGAAGAGCAAGUAUAGGUGAGAGAACCGGGUAGCAAGCCAAGGUACCUCCAUAUCCCAUCAAUGCUGCGGCAAGAAUGGAUGCGCCACGCGUUCCCCCUCUCAUGCAAAGCCGGCGUGAAUGUGAAUGUUAUUCAUCAUCCCUUGAUACCGGGUCAGAGGAACUCCGUCUGCUGUUAGUAAUAGAGACCCUGGGUUCGAUGAUGUCGUGUCUUGGAUGAUGGGGAGAGCGGGCUGCAGGACGGUCGA